CACCCACCCCAACGCGCCAAAUCCUGCAGUCGAGAUCCUGCCAACUUCCCCCUAUAUCCGUUUUCCGCCAUGAUGCUGGAUGGGUGCAAUUGAUCCUGUAAUUGUGUCUGCAUUUGUGUCUAGCAAAUGUAGACACCCAUGGGCUGGACAUCGUUGAUCAUGGAUGAGGAUGUCCUAUUACCUGCGGCUGAGCGUCCCGAUGAGCCCCAUCCAGACGAUGAGCAGCAACCACCGACAACAUGUUUGGUCAAGCUGCAAUGCGAUAUGAUAAAGCCGGAGAAAGAGCUCGCAGGCGAGCAUCGCUCCUUACCCUUUGCCCGUUUACCUCGCACAGUCAUUGAACAUAUCCUUUUCGUUGCGGAUGCAAACACAUUCGCCUCACUUGCCUUACUGAAUCGCAAAUGGAGGCGGAUUUCCGACUCGACUCUGCUAUACUCUCAUCAUUUAGCCCAAUGCCCAUCUUUCUCCCUGACCCAGAAAGCCAUCGCGGAGCCAUGUCAACAGCCAUGCGACCUGUCACGCCUCAAGCAAGUGUUCUACACUCAAACCAGACGGAAUGCUUUUGAAACCUUCUUGCGACCCCGCAAGACUCUAAUCAAGCUGAUAUCGACCUCGAUGAGCUCGUCAACGGCUUUUCCGCAGGGCGAAGCUUUCCGGUUCUCUUUUUCCCCCAACGGCCAACUAAUUCUGUGCAUCAGUUCCUCAAGAAUUGUUGUCCUUGAUGUCGCCUCAAACCCUGCUUCAGUGAAGCAUGAACUCAAAACCUGGAGGCGUCCACUGCAUGCCGCAAUCAUUGACGACGGAUCUCUGCUUGCCGUGGUUUCUUCUAGCCAUCGCGUCAAUGUUUACAGUCUUUGUAAUGAGGAAGCAAGACUUGUCCAAGACCUAACCUUGAACGAUGUUCCUCGGACGCUAGCACUAUCUCCUACGGGAGGCGUGCUUGCUAUUGCGUACGAUGAUCGCAUUGAGGUACAUGCAACCGGAGAGGGGGUAUUGGCCACCGAAAGGCGAGCCGUGCGCUGCUCUGGUGUUGACUCUGUCUCUUUCUCUUCUGAUGGAGCCAUGCUUCUUGGCACUUCUGCCGAUCCUCAAAAUAGUGGCUUGGUCACGAUAACAGUACCGUUCUAUGCUGAAUCGGAGCCUGAACUCUCCCUGAGAGACGUCCAUAGACGGAUGUGGACUACUCAAAUCCUUUUUCCGGAUGUUACCACGGGUUUCAGUCGCGCAUGUAUGCUCCCACUCCACUCCGAGGGCGAAGGUAGCUGGAUCUUGGGUUUUGAUGAACAAAUCAAUUCACUCCGGGCGUUUGGGGUCAAUAAUACUAGCUCAGGUACAACGUACUUUGUGACGCCCAUGUUCGAUGAUGGAGCCAGAGAAUCUGCCCCCACCAUGCUACCUACUGUUGAUGAUAUGGGGGAGCUUGUUGCGGCUGGCUUUGAGGAAUCUGGUCUGUGGGUGUACGGCAUACCCGAUCGUCUGGAUAUCGCUCCUGUAGCGACUAGCACACGACCACCAGCUGGGUCCGAUGUGGAGCUGAACCACUGGGAACAUGAAGGCGCGCUAUCUGGUGAAGAUUGCUCAUCUCGACUGCAGCGGUCGAUCACCAAACCGAAGGUACUCAUUAAGGGUCAUAAAAUCAGUGACAUGCCGGGCAUGACUGCAGCCCACUGGGUGGAAUGUACGGGUUUCGCUACAGAAAAUCGCCGCUUGGUGGCCGUCGCACCAGGUGGCAUUAGGCCCCCAACCAUUGGCGAAGAAGAUGUGCCGGUGGAUGGUGGACGAGUCCUUCUGCUGGACUUUGCACGCUCAGCGAGCGAUGGCAAUUAUACCGAGAUUAGCAUUGAGAUCGGUGACGCGGAACCAAAAAUGCUUUAUGAGCCAGACUCGAGUCUGGACACCGAGGUAGAACUAGAAAGAAGGAGGACUCGCAUACACCGUGCAAGCGCUACUUCGCCGAGAGCAAGAGCUUUCGCCAGGGAGUCAUAUCCGUCGGCCCAUUCGGUGUCUCACGCUUCUCGGCCGAACAUUCGCCGCAACAGCUCCUUCUUCUCCAGUUCUUCGAAUGGAGAUGCGUAUCAUAUCCCCGAGUCCCCGUAUGACAAUGGGCAACCGCGGUCUAGAGAUACACUGCGUCGCGCUGCGACUGCUGCGGCUAACACGAGGGAACGUUAUCACCCUCCACAUCGCGAUGCGCAGCUCCCCAUCCACCCGAGACCAGCCUCGCAGAGCUUCCAGGUACCUCAUGAAAGUGACGCUGACAACUGGGUACCGCCUCCUCCACCCUAUACGCGCGUGCCAGAUGCACCUCUUCCUGAUCAUUUGCGAAGGACUCUGCUACCCUCCAGGACGGAGCCGAUCACCCGGGUUGGCGAACCUCUGGCCGAAGUCCAGCGCUCGCAAACUAGCCGUCUAGAAAACAUGGUCGAAGAAUCGUCCUCUCGGGUGUCACUACACAGAUUGAACAGCAUCGCGAGCUCGAGGCUUGCUUCUCGCCUAAUGCGAAACAGCACCAGAGAACCUGUAUCUUCUGAACGAGCGCGCAGGCAAAGCACAUUCAUGCGCAGGAGAAGAAGUUCAGCCACCGGCUCUCCGCAAACUCUCGAGGACGCGAAUGGACUCGCACCGCUGGCCACUCCGUCUCCAGAAACGGUCGAGCAGCAUAUACACUUCCAACUGGAGAGCAUAACCGACUAUCCAGCGCAGCCUGACCGAUCCGUGCCGCUCCUCUCCACCGACCCUUCUCUACCGCCAUCAAAUUCCCAGGCCAACUACCCCCAUCAGUCGCCCGAGCGGCCUACCAUGCAUGCCCGGAUCGACGUUCCGGGAACCAUUCCCGCCACGCAGGAACUCGGCAACACCCGCCAGUACUCCUUCUCCUCUCCCAACCUCCAAGUCCCAUCGACCCUGCAGUACAAUGCUCCAGAGGUUCUCCAAAACAGUCAUGUGCGCUCUGGCUAUCCGCACCAGUCAGGCGACCGCCGCCCGCAACCCCAGGAGCUUCCUCUACCGAUGACAGGGGGCAGCAUUCAACCCCUUCACCACCGGGCCUCGACGGAUCCCACGCUGUCCGCCAGCUCCCAAGCGGCCGCCCAUGACCUGUGGCGGAGACGCAUAGAGGAGUGGAAUGAACAAACUAUUUACGAGAGGAGCAAACGACGAAGCAAGUGUAUUGUGAUGUAGCAGGGCUGGGUUUUCUUUUUCUUUUUCCAUCGGAUUUUGUUUCGAUUUUGUUUUUCUUCUGGGUUGCAUCAUUGGUUUUUGAAGAUAUGGAGUGUAUAUUGAUAGGAACAGGAACAUAUUUGGGAUUGUAGAGCGAUGGCGUCAUUUUCUUUGCUUUAGAGUCUGGGACUAUCUAUAUGCUACAGGUAAGAAGUU